AGCGAGGGGCCCCGCGGAAGGUGCCGCGGGCGGCGGGGGCGGCGCGGGCGCGGCGGGUGCCCGCAGAAUGGGCGGCAGAGCCGGAUUCUUCGAGGAGAUAAUGGGUGGAAACAGAUUUGCCCAGCUCAUCCAGCUGUCUCAGGGGUAGGAUGUGGACAAGACUGCYUAAGUAGCACUGAGCAGUGCUGUUGCUUUCUGCAMUGUUUUYCCCAAUUUGCUUUCUGUUGAAAAUUCAUUGACAUUGAAUUCUGAGCUCCAUUUCCCCACCACACAUUCGAAGCUGAGGUAUCAAAAGAGAGAAGGUGGAAAUCCUUGAUUGGGAGACAAAGAAACAGCUAUGCUUCCUAGAUAAGGUGGAACCAAGUGCUACRAUUAGAGAAAUCAGACUGAUGUUCCAUAAAUUAUAUCCUCGGUGGUAUCCAGCAAGGCAGUCAAUAAAACUUGAUCCAAAAGGAAAGUCCCUGAGGGAUGAAGAAAUCCUGCAGCACCUCCCUGUUGGCACAACUGCUACCUUAUACUUUAAAGAUUUAGGGCCACAGAUAGGAUGGACUACGGUAUUUUUGAUAGAAUAUACAGGCCCAUUGUUCAUCUAUUUUCUGUUUUAUUUCCGCAUCACUUUUGUCUAUGGACUGGAUGAGAGGUUUACAUCAAAUCCGCACCCAGUAGUUAACUUGGCAUGCAUCUGCCACUCUUUCCACUACAUCAAAAGGUUGAUUGAAACAGUAUUUGUUCAUCGGUUCUCCCGUGGGACUAUGCCACUGAGGAAUAUUGUGAAGAACUGCUUAUAUUACUGGGGAUUUGCAGCUUGGCUUGCAUAUUACAUCAAUCACCCUCUUUACACUCCUCCUUCUUAUGGGAAAAAACAGAUAAAUUUUGCUGUGAUCAUGUUUCUGCUGUGUGAAGCUGGAAAUUUUUCCAUUCACGUUGCACUCAGUGACCUCCGGAGAAAUGGAUCCAAAACCCGUAAGAUCCCAUAUCCAACAAAGAAUCCUUUCACAUGGCUGUUUUUCUUUGUAUCUUGCCCUAACUAUACAUAUGAGGUGGGGACCUGGAUCAGUUUCACUAUCAUGACUCAGUGUGUUCCAGUGGGGCUGUUCACCUUGCUUUGCUUCAUUCAGAUGACAAUCUGGGCAAAGGAUAAACACUGCACCUACUUACGAGAAUUCAAGGAUUAUCCGAGUCAUAGAAUGCCAAUUAUUCCCUUUUUAUUGUAAGAAAAGAAGGCUUAAUUUGAAUAUUGCACAGAACUUCAAGAAGAAAAACUGCAUAAAUGUCCCACCAAAUAAAUGAAUUAAUUAAAAGGAUAUUGGUGCAUAUUGAAUCUCCACUGAUAAGGGAAAUUGUAUGCACUUGAAGGCUACUCUUCCUUACAUUCAAGAGUUCUCAACUCAGAAGCACCUUAAAAAAUAAGGCUUCAUUGCAAAGCUGCAGUUUACUGUAACCUGACUUAGAUUUUUCUGUACUAGUCUAUUUAAAUUGAUGGAUCAGAGAUACUGAGAAGUCUGUGCUGAAAAGCGGCUCCAAAAUUAGCAGUGGCAUUCUGCAAGACAGAAGUACAUUGAAAYGAGGACACACCAGCUAACUACCAGAGCUCAGUUCUGCCAGCACAGCCCACUGGCCUCAGGACAGUUGCAUGAUCUGCCUUCUUUGACUUGAAGAAGAGAGUGUGCUGCCUGGAGGCAGGUGCUUUGUAACAGAUAACAUUACCAAAGAAUAUGAAUGGUUCCUGGAAUAAAGAAAUAGGCAAUAUCUCAAAAACCUGAUUUGGGUCUAACCCUUAAUUUGCUAAAAGAAUCUGAAGUAAGAAGUAUUUGUGGUGUUUGUGAAUAUAAUAUCCUGUGCUGGGUUCUUCUGUUUGUUUUUGGUCUUCAUCAGUAAAUUGCAUAUGACUAAAUAAGAUUCAGAAGCAAUCUAACCCAUGCCAURUCCUCGAUAUCUGGCCUGUUUUCCUACAGCAGCUCCUUAGGAUACUAAUGGACCUUUCAUCUAACAUUUUACAUCAGGCUUCUCUGAAUGGUUUUUAAUACACUUUGUAAAUACAUGAAGUGACUGCUGGUCCUCAGAAUGCUCUUCCUAUUUUUAGAGCCAGGAAGAAAAAUCAGCUUCAUUUUGGACUUCCUGUGUUUUCCUUGUCACAGGAUGUUCUGUAGGACUUAGUUGCGUUUUGUGUAAAUCUAGUAAAAAAGGCUAUUGAAAUCUAUUUGAAUAACAUUUGAAAGAAGCUAUUUUAGAACAUGAAGAGAAUGCA